AUGCAUGUCCUCGACGACGGCAGUACAUUUCUCAGCAUCUAACAGGAUAAACACCCAAGCAAUUCAAAACGGAAAAUGGCUCGUACCAAGCAAACGGCGCGCAAAUCAACAGGAGGCAAGGCACCUCGCAAACAGCUGGCAACCAAGGCGGCUCGGAAGAGUGCCCCUGCUACCGGUGGCGUGAAGAAACCACAUCGCUAUCGGCCGGGAACGGUGGCCCUGCGAGAGAUCCGUCGCUACCAGAAGUCGACUGAGUUGCUCAUCCGAAAGCUGCCCUUCCAACGGUUGGUUCGCGAAAUCGCCCAGGACUUCAAGACCGAUUUGCGCUUCCAGAGCUCGGCUGUGAUGGCACUGCAAGAGGCGAGCGAGGCCUACCUGGUGGGCCUGUUCGAAGAUACCAACUUGUGUGCAAUCCACGCCAAGCGUGUGACCAUCAUGCCGAAGGACAUCCAGCUGGCCCGACGCAUUCGAGGGGAACGCGCUUAAUCAGGCAAAUAACAUUGACUUAUAUCUGGGAUAAAUGAUCUUUUUAUUUUUCAGGAACCUUUUUUGCAAAUGGUCCUUUUAAGGACCCCAA